UUGGUCAAGCUUCAAGAAAUUUUGACCCAUUAAUCUCUAAUAUCAUAGAUUUAGUUAAAAGUAUUCUUGAUGUAUACGAAAAUGUUCAGUUUAAUAAGAAAAUUUGUGAUUGUUUAAUUGAUCGGGUCGAGUCUGUUGAGAUGGCUAUCAAGUCAUUGAAACGGCAUAAAGAUGAAAAUGCCAGGUAUUUCUUUAAACAAACCAACUAUAAUGCCUUUCAACAACUUAUCGUUGUUCUCGAAAAGAUACAGCAAUAUAUAACGGAUGUAUCUCAACUUCAUGGAUUGCGAAAGUUUUCCGAUAUAAAGGAUAUAAAAAAACAAUUUGAAAAAUUAACUAUAGAGUUUGAUAUAAUAGUUAGCACUUUGAAGCUUAAAAUGUCUUUUUCCGAAAAAGAACAAUCAAUAAGAGAUAAAAUUGCUAUAGAUGAUGAUAUUAACACAAUGACAAAGAAUUAUGUCGCUGAAACAAAUAAGGCAAUUAAAUUCAAGGCGAAAAUAAUACCAUCUGACAAAAUAUUAAAUCCUGAUGGUCCAAGUAGAGGAAACGUUCAUAGGAUGUUUUAUGAUAAUAAGGCUGUUGCGUGUAAAUACUUUGAUAACGAUCAAAAUUCAAGGUUUCACUACGAAUUAUCCAUGCUUUAUAAUCUAAAUCAUUCUGAAAAUAUUCUUAAAUUUUACGGUCUUUCUGAAUUGGAUGAGGGUCAAAGUCAAUUCUUGGUUUUUGAUUGGGCUGACUUUGGUGACCUACAGACUUUGUAUGAAACUUAUGACCUUGAUUGGCCAAUCCGACUACAGUUGGCUGUUGGUAUUUGUCGCGGAUUGUUAUUCUUGCAUGGUUGUCAAAUACUUCAUAGAGAACUUCGAUGUCAAAAUGUUGUGUUUGCUAAUUCCUACUGUCCUAAUACAAUUCAACGAGAUUUCACAAAAAUAAUUAGAGCAGCUUGGCAAGAUGAUCCUACUCUUCGUCCAGGCCUUCAUGAAUUAUUUAUUCAAUUGGACAAAUUACAUAAGGAAAAUCCUGUCGAUAAAAAAGUUCACCUAGCAAAGAAAAACCAUAUUGAAGUGGAAACUACUGAUGCCCAGUCUGAAAUAAUUGUAGUCGAGGAAAACAAUGUGCAAGACAAAGAUUUAGAACUUAAAUUUUUGGGUAUAGUUAAACCAAUAUUGUUACUCGAAGAAGCGGCGGAAAAUGGAAAUGCUACAGCUCAAUUUAAUUUGGGUAGAAUGUAUUAUGCUGGUAUGGUUGGAUUAAACAAAGACAAAGAGAAAGGAUUGCAGUAUCUAAAAAUGGCUGCUUUGAAAAAUCAACCAAGGGCUAUCCAAUUUCUAAGUAGUGUGAAAAUAGAUAGUCCACCUUAUAGUCGGAGAAUUGGACUAUUGGAAAAGUGGGUUGUCGGAAAAAUGGGUUAUCGACAAAAUGGCUUUCAGUGA